AUAGCAGUCUCUUGCUCAAACCAGGAUUGGGCACAAUUACACUCACACAAACAGUAAAUCACCAGGAUACAACCAUACUUUGCACCAUCUUAUUCCUCCUAUAAGCACAGGAAACAGUUUCUCAGGAGCUGCACAUUGUGGUGGGCUCGUUCACGUGUGCACACUUUAAAAACUAAACUCUAUUGUCUCUUUUAAUGCACAUCUAUGACUGGUGACCUUUAAUAGUCAGCAUUUUAUAGGAACACUGAAAGUCUGUGGAUUAAGCCAUGGGUCGGCUCUUAUCUCCUUUCAUUUUCCUCUGUGUGCCUGUGUCACUUGUUGUAGCUUCUACAGCGACCAGCAAAAUCUCAACUGAAAGUCCUGCAACUGCGAAAGCAGGUAAUGCUUCAAACACGACAGGCGAUGGGCUCACCACGUUGGCCUUCGGUGUGAUGAGCUUCAUUCUCAUUCUUAUUGUUGUUAUGGUAAUCUUGGUAACAGCCGUUAACUUCAGAGGACGGUGUCAUGAUACAAAAGAAGAGGGUGUCAAAAGCUAUGGCUCUGUGGUAUCCGAGGGCCAUAUAAGCAACAUCGGAGAGAGGGAAAGCAUCAUGCUAGUCUCCAUGAGAACAAUAAACACAGACACUGACACGGAUUCACUACGGAUCUCCUCCAUUUACAGUACAGCACUUGAUAAUGAAGAUUAGUAGAUCGGAAUCAGACUAGGACUUAUUUUGACGCUUCCUUUCAUUCUUUUUUUCAGCAACAACAGAUCAAAAUAUCAUUAGAAUAUUUUCGUACAGUUUGUCUUACAGUUGCAUUGUAUAGGCAAAAUUUCAAGAUUGCAAAGAAUAAGCUGAAUAUUUCCAAUUACCUCUGUUCCUGUGACUGCAUUUGUCUGGACUCAGAGAUCAAAGUAAAAGAUAAUAAAGCUGCA